UUAUAAAUGUAAUUUUCAGAAUGGGACUAUUUUUGCCUUGUGAGAUGGAGCAUCAAUUAAAGUACUAAUACAACCUUCCAAAUUAGAAUAUACAGUGCAAGUAAAGAAGAUUAGUGAACCAUAAACUGAAAGAUUAAAGACUUUAAAAACUACCUUCGAAUUUUAUGAUGCUUACUUUGAAGAUGGCGACCCAACAUUUGGGAGUGUGGUAUCCUACCAAACAGUAUAUCCCGGUUGAUAGAAUCACUAAUUCACUAUAAUAGGAAGAGUUUCCAGUACUACUUUCUCUGCACUCCAGCCGCUAUUGCUUUCUGUAUUGCUCUCUCAGCCUCCUGCUUGUCCUCUGUCUCUCAGGUUAGCUUUCUCUGUCAAUCUAUGCAUCUGGGUUCUUUCUGUUUUUUGAAGUAGAACUAUAGAAUGAAUGUUGCGAUAAUAAUACUAUCGGGAUUGUUAGCUCUAAGGUUUGUGAAUUAGUUUCUAUUGAAUUUAUUGGCAAAGUGUUGUGUUUGUCAUCUUCCUUUGAUGUCUUUUUAUGUUUCCUUGAUUGUAUUAAAGUGAGUAUAAUAAAGUUGCAACGAUGGACGUGACGUACAUAUAGUACAAAAAGAAUGCUAUUUUAAAAGGUUCUGAAAUAUAUAUAUAUUGACAAGGAGUAAGAAAAAACUGGACUCAUUGUUCCAGUUGUGUUUCCUGUAUUCAUCAAUCACCUCUUGUCGAAUCUUUUUUAUUUUAUUUUUAUUUUUUUAUUACAAGCUGUUGUCGAUUAGAUUGCCUUUAAUGUGUAUGCAAAUAUGCAUAUUUGAACAUUCGGGUAUAAAUUUCUCUAAGUAAAGCCAAAAAAAUCUUUGAUUACUCUAAUUAGAUACUUUCGAAAUCAAUGAAUAGAUCAAAGGGGGAAAAAAAAAGAAAAAAAAUCAGAUCUCGUAUGUUCUUUUAAUCUAAUCAGAAGUGACUCAAAUCAGUGGUCUAAGGAAGAAAACUGAGUCAAAAGGUAAAUAAUGAAACUUUGCUUGAUCUAGUUCCACAUUGUUUCUUGACCUGCCAAUUGGCCAUCUCCCUUUUAUAAUCGCCUUCUAGUAGCUACUGAUGGCUUUGUACGUUUGCUUGUAAAGGGUGGGCGGCUCAACGUUUUGAGGGCCUAAAAGAAUUUUGGGUCCUUUUUAAGAGACAUGUAAAAAAAAAAAAAAAGAUUAAGUUUAUCUUUUAAACUUUCUUUCCCUCCAAAAUUUUUAAUACUGAAUUAGUUUUUCUCGUUUUUUUGAACAAAUUCUUUGAUGAAAUUUUCAUAAUCUAAUUCUUUACUAAAUUUUUUAAUUGAUAACAUUCAUACUUUCCAUUUACACAUGUAAAUAAUAUUAUUUUUUAAGGGUUAUAUAUGGUAUUAUUAACUAUUAUUAAAAAUUUAAGAAUUUAAAACAAUUGCCUCACUUGCUUUAUGAAAGAGCCACCUUGUGAAUAAUAUACAGGGAAAAUCCAUGAGCACUCAAUUUUGACCCGCGGUAGUUGGCCGCCAAGUUUCUCGCAAUGGGUGGUGGUGGUCAAUGGUGAAAAAAAUUUAUUAUUAUUAUUAUUAAUUUAUUUGUUUUUAAAAAUUUCAAAAAUUAUUUCAAAAUACAUCUUAAAACACACACAUACACAAAACCAUAAAACACAAAACAAAAUAUAAAUCCAAACGAGCCAAAUUUUUAAAGUUUGUGUUUGGAGUUUUGUUUAAUGCAAUGACAUCUACCAAUAGUUACUACGCAAGAUCCACUAUUGGAAAAUCCUUAACUAGGUUAGAUAUAAUCUUUACCACAAAAGAAUAGUUAGAAUGCAAUUUUUCAUUCUAAUUCAGAAAAUAAAAAUCUAUAAAUUGAAUUAAUUAUAAUUACUCAAACUAAAAAAUAAUAUGAAAAAUUGAAUAAAAUAUCAUAUGUAUUUAUUUAUUUUAUAAUAGUCUUUUGGAUAAUAUAAAUGAUAAAUCUCAUUAAGUCUAAUUUUAUAAAAUGUAAUUUUUUUAAAUGGGACUGUUUUUGCAUGAGAUAUGGAGCAUCAAUUAAAUAGUAAUACAACCUUCCAAAUUAGAAUAUACAGUACAACAUAAAAGAAUAUUAGUGGACCAUAAACUGAAGAUUAACGACUUAUACCUUGGAAUUACAUGAUGUUUACUUUGAAGAUGACGACUCAACAUUUUGGAGUGUGGGAUCCUACCAAAAAGUAUAUCCCGGUUGAUAUAAUCACUAGAAAAGGAAGAGUUUCCAGUUCUACUUUCUCUGUAAUCCAGCCACCAUUGCCUUCUGCAUCGCUCUCUCAGCCUCUUGCUUGUCCUCUGUCUCUCAGGGUGGAUAAUAUACAAAGAAAAAAUGCCAUGAGUACUCAAAGGGUUGCUGUAAUUGGCGCUACAAAUGACGGUUCUCCUGAUAGAGUUGCAGUUGUUACUGGAGCCAACAAGGGCAUUGGCUUGGAAACUGUCCGGCAGCUUGCAACUGCAGGGUUUACAGUUAUUUUAACUGCUAGAAAUGAGAAGAGGGGAAUGGAUGCCACCUCUUUGCUUCAUCAAGGAGGAUUAUCCAAUGUGGUCUACCAUCAGCUUGAUGUUCAAGACUCGGAGAGCACGUCUGCUCUGGCACAAUAUAUAGAAAAAGAAUUCGGAAAGCUUGACAUUUUGGUGAACAAUGCUGGCGCUUCAGGAGUUGUUGUUGAUGAAGAUGGUUUAAGGGCCUUGAACAUUGAUCCUGCGGAAUGGCUGGCAGGGAAAGCAGUUAAUGUAAUACAAGAUGUGAUAAAAACCACCUAUGAAUCAGCAAAAAUAUGUCUUGAUACAAACUAUUAUGGUGUUAAGCGGGUGACUGAAGCUCUGCUUCCACUGCUGCAACUUUCAACUUCAGGAGCAAGGAUAGUAAAUGUUUCUUCCCUAAGGAGUGAAUUAAAGCGAGUUCCUUGCGAGCAAAGGAGACGAGAACUUGGGGAUAUUGAGACUCUAACUGAAGAGCGAAUUGAGAAAAUGCUGCAACAGUUUCUGCACGAUUUGAAGAAUGAUGCUCUUGAAGCAAAUGGAUGGCAGAAGAUGCUACCAGCGUACAGCAUAUCAAAAGUGACACUUAAUGCCUAUACUAGAAUUCUAGCAAAGAGAUAUCCGAACAUGUGCAUAAACUGUGUUCAUCCUGGAUAUGUUAAUACAGACAUUAACUGGCACACAGGAACGAUGACCGUGGAAGAGGGAGCUGCUGGCCCUGUUAUGCUAGCUCUUCUGCCUGAAGGAGGUCCGACUGGUUGUUACUUCGAUUGCACAACUAUGGCUGAAUUUUGAGUUUGAGUCAUUCCUUGUGAACAUUUACACUUCUUCCAGGCCACUUUUACUGCAAAGCCAGAGAUAUAUGUGUUUUGGUUCAAAGUUGAUGAGGCAACGAAAGGUUGAAGCCGAUUGUUUAGUUUCUUUUGGUCUUUGGAAUAAACAUCCUUUUUUGAGAAAGAUAAGAAGAGAGAAAGAAAGAUGAGAGGAGAUGAGUAUCAAUUAUCCUUUGUUUGUUUUGUUUUGAUUUAAGUCGUGCAAUUCAAUGUUAUUGUAAGUGACAUGAAUGGUAAUUUAACAGUUGUUUGGAGAAGUCCAGGCCAAAGAGCCAAAUACACAAGAAUGGAUCAGGAUCAAAGUAGUCGUGGUAGAUAGUUUCUGUCCUUGAUGUUAGUAUUUCCAUCAUGUUCAUUUAUCCUGUCUUUUGCUUUGUUUCCGAUACUCAGAUUUGAAGUUUAACAGCUUUUCCAUUUAACUAUGAAC